AUGGAAGAUUUGAUGGAUAUGGACAUGAGCCCUCUGAGGGCCCAGAACUAUCUCUUUGGUUGUGAACUAAAGGCCAACCAAGUUUACCACUUUAAGGUGGUUAACAUUGAAAAUGAGCAUCAGUUGUCAUUAAGAACGGUCAGUUUAGGGGCUGGUACACAGGAUGAAUUUCAUGUUGUUGAGGCAGAAGCUAUGCAUUACGAAGGCAGUCCAAUUAAAGUAGCACUGGCAACUUUGAAAAUGUCUGUACAUCAAAAAGUUUACCUUGGGUGCUUUGAAAUUACACCAUCUGUUGUGUUGAAGAGAACUACAACAUGGAGCGUGGGUUCUGAGCAGAGGGCUGUUUCCCGGUGUCCGGCGGUUGCCAAUUACUCCCAUUGGAAUGAUGGCAGCCAUGAGGAAUGGCAUCACCAGCUGCCGGAUGCGGCAGACACCUCACCAGCCAGCGACUCCAUCUCCUCCUCGUCGUCGUCUUCAGCUGAUGACCACUACGAGUUUGCCACCAAGGGAAGCCAGGAGGGCAGCGAAUACAGUGAGGGAAGCUUCCACAGCCAUGAAAGCCACAGUGAAACGGAAGAUGAUAGAAAGUCCAGCACAAAGGAGGCCAAGGAUACCCUGAGGAACAGCAGGUACGCCUCCCAGCACAAGAAGCACCAGCACUUUGCCAAGGCCAGGAAGGUCCCCAGGGACAUGCUGCCCCUCAAAAAGAGACGCACAGAAAAAACCCCAGGGAGUGACGAGGAGACAAAAGGCAACUGGGUUGCUGCUGCACUUAGCAAGGAUUCGGUCCUGUUUGAAUAA